GUGUUUUAGUUAUUGUAGGAAUCAUCCUCUUUUCAAUACCAAUUUAUCCUAUGAGAGAAGCAUUCCUACGGAAUCAAGAACAGAAGGUAUUAUCUUUUUCAGGUCAUUGAUAUCUGAAUAAAAUUGUGGAGGCUACUCAGCACCACUUUGUAAAUAUCCCAGAGUCCAGUAAGAGUGACCACCAUUUCCUUGAUUUGACAGCAAAACCCUUUAAGUUUUCUGUUUGUCACACAAGAAGAGUAAAUGUAGAUUAACAGAUCAAUUUGACCAGUGUAACUGGGGAAAUGAGUCAUAACAUGAAGGCAUGUGAGCUUGUUAAGGUGGUCAGUGAUGAAGUUUCAAUUUCUUGCAUCCUGGGUGAUUAUUUUUUUAUUUACACCCUGUUUUUCAUGUUUAUCGAUCUUGUCAACCUCUUACUGUAGUAUGUAAUUGGUGCUCUGUUCCCAUGCCUUAGUCAUAGCCAUGCUAACAGCUAAUAAACAUUAUGCAUAAUUCCGAUGCUUUCAAAGUCUGAAUCAGUUGAUAUAUGGGAUUACCUUGUGUUAUGAUGGCCUCAUUCUUUGGGACAUAUUUUCAUAUUGCUGUUAUCAAUCCUAGUGAGAUGCUUGCUCUUGCAAAAGAAAUGAAAAAUGACACCUUAGAUCGUUUCUCUCUCUAAUAUAGAGCAGAUUGAGGCAUUUCCAGCAGAAUAUUUUCCAUUCAUGAGUUGGGCGGAGUGCCAUGUCUGAGGUGCUGUUGAUCCUUGCUAUUAUCUGGCUGAAGAUUUAAAUUUUGAUUGAGGUAGAAAUAAAAGGCUUGCCCAUCCGCAACUUGCUGCUAGGAUCUUAUUUGCUACUGCAGUAUGAGGCCACGGAUUAGCAUGAAGAUCUCUGUCCUUGGCAAACAAUUUGUUCAGGCAUCUAUAACUAGGGUGGGGGGUUUUUGCAACCCUUACAGAUGCUUGGAACCCACAACCCAGCCCUCCAAAAAGUUAACACCUAAGAUCAUUUAUCUCUCUAAUAUAGUAGACCAGAUUGUUGCCUUUCCACCAGAGUAUUUUCCACUCAUGAUUUGGCUGGGGUUCAGAGUAUUGUUCUGAGGUGAUGUUGAUCCUUGCUAUUAUCUGGGUGAAGAUUUGAAGAGUUAAAUUUUGAGGUAGAAAUAAAAGGUUUGCCCAUUAUUCUUGUUCAUGAUGCAGGUUAGGCUAUAUAUAUUCGUCAAGUGGGUUUUCUUUUGCUAAUCCUGAGUACUAAACGCAAGAAGUUUGACAUGGUUCUGAAUGUGCUGAAACAUGCUACUUGUUUUUUUAUCAUCUCAUAACUGCUAAGUCAAAAAAUUUGCAGUAUAUGUGGAAGAUUUUCCUGUUUCCCUUCUCGAAUCACAUGAAAUAGACAAGGAUGCAGAAAUGUGGUUUCAACAUAAAUUGGGGAUUCAUGGAGGCAAAGGUUUUUAUGCUAUCUGUCAUACUCUAGUAUGAAUUUAUCGUAGAUCCGUACAAGUUGGUCAUAGCAUCAAGCCAGCAGCAGUUCGAAUGAUGCAUGCUUUUAGAAGAAAAACAGCGAAGUAGCAAUAUAUUGCGAGCUUGAAAUACUAAACCAUUUCAUUCGUUUUAAUUAUGAUUGGGAAAAUCGGGUAUGCAUUAAUGUUCGGUUUGAAGUCAAUUCUUGUUCUUGAUUUGAAAGAAGAUAAUUUGAUUUCCCCUAUGUUUAAUUGGAACUUUUCUAAAAGGCUAAAAUCUUGAUUUGAUUAUUCUAAACUCCCCUGUGUACUGUGUUUUGUGUAACGAAGAUUGGAUACUAAGGUCCGGUUAGAAGUUACUCUAUUGCACAAAGUAGCAAUAGCAACACCUCAUGAGCUUGGGAAUGAUCGACUGUUGCUGCUCGCCCCCAGCAUGUUCUGCUUUGGGCACCCAUAGCUGCUGGUCAAGCCUGAGCAAAACGGAUGUUUGACUAGUUAACACAGCCACAGCACCCAGUGUCAGGUAUUUAUUUGUCUAAAAAGUUAUGACUGAAAAUACUAUUUAUUCAUUGUUGUGAGAGAAAAACAUUGUUGAAUGACUGAUUUGAUAGAUAAGCUCAAAGGAACGGGUGUACCUUACGUGAAUGCAAGUCAUGCCCCCACAACAUGCCAUGCUGUUGCUGCACUCGCGUGCCAGUUUUCUGGGAACUACCUCGCAGCUGGCUUUACCGUCCCCAGUCUGCUCUCCUCCCUGACGCACAGUAAUCAGGCAUCAACAUCAUCACCAUCACCAACAACAAAGCCAAGGAACAAAGCAGGAUCGUCCAUGGAAGCAAAAGCAAUCCCACUCCUCACGCCCUACACCAUGGGGAGGUUCCACCUCUCCCACAGGGUUGUCCAUGCACCGCUCACAAGGUCAAGGUGCUACAACAACCUUCCUGGCGAGCAUGUCGCCCUCUACUACUCCCAGAGGGCUUCGGAAGGCGGCCUCCUGAUCAGUGAGUCCACUGGGGUCUCGGAGAGUGCCCAGGGGUAUCCCAGCACUCCAGGUAUAUGGACCAAGGACCAGGUGGAAGCCUGGAAGCCAGUCGUCGAAGGUGUGCAUCAGAAAGGUGGAGUUUUUUUCUGCCAAAUCUGGCACGUAGGGAGGGCUUCAACUUAUGAUUAUCAACCCAAUGGACAAGCACCAAUUUCUUGUACGGACAAGCAGAUCACCCCUAAGGUUCUUGAUGAUGGGACCGUGGAAGAAUUCUCAGCCCCAAGGAGACUUAGAGAAGAUGAAAUCCCCCAAAUUGUCAAUGAUUUUCGGCUUGCUGCUCGGAACUGCAUUGAAGCAGGCUUUGACGGAGUUGAAAUCCACUGUGCAUUUGGCUAUCUCAUCGAGCAGUUCAUGAAAGACAGUGUCAACGACAGAACUGAUGAGUACGGUGGAAGCAUGGAAAACCGAUGCCGCUUUGCACUAGAGGUAAUCCAAGCUGCCAUCGAUGAGGUCGGAGCUGACAAGGUUGGUGUCCGUCUCUCACCAUAUUCCAACUGCCUGGAUUGCUGGGACUCAGACCCAGACGCACUUGGCUUGUACAUGAUCCACGCCAUGAACAAGCUGGGCGUCCUCUACUGCAGCAUGGUUGAGCCGGAGGUGGUCAAAGUGGAUGGUAAGGUGCAGAUCCCCCACAAGCUGCUGCAUUUCAGGAAGGCAUUUUCUGGGACUUCCAUUGUUGGUGGAGGAUACAACAGGGAAGAAGGCAACAGAGCUGUGUCUGAAGGCUACACUGACCUGGUGGCAUACGGCAAAUGGUUUCUGGCGAACCCAGACUUGCCAAAGCGAUUUGAGCUGAAUGCACCUUUGAACAAGUACGACAGGUCCACGUUCUACACUCCUGACCCCGUUGUUGGGUACACUGAUUACCCUUUUAUCAGUCCUUCUGUGUGACUUCUUGAGAGAAGAAAAAAAAAUGGUGCUAUAUAUAACUUGCUCUUGACAUAGAGUUUCAAUGAAAUGAAAUUGUUCAACUGGCUGGACAGCUUACACUCGUCAGGUGCCGCUACUGAACUUUGGUAAAACAUUAGUGCCUUAGUGGUUCUUCUUUUGUUGAGAUUUUGAAA